AACCUACAAAGUAGUCGGUGGAAGCGUUAGAGAAUCAAUUUUAGCACCAAUCUCCCCAAACAUAAAUUCAUCCGAGAUGGCAAGAUUUAUUGCCUUGGAAAUCGCACUAGUUGCCACGUUGGUUAUUUCAGGCGCAAAUGCUUGGCAUUGUAUUGGAAGCCAACUGUACCGUAGCACCGUGGAAUCAUGGAUUUUGAGAGUUUGCCCAACCACAAAUCCAUGCGCUGCUGUAUCUACUGUGCGUCCUUCUUCCUCAACAACUUCUCCGACCACCACCACAACCACCACAACUACAACAACUACUACCACAGCCCCACCUCCCGUUUGCCCAACGAUAGAAUGUUGCCACUUUCAAUGCUCCAACAACGCUUUCUGCGGGACGGCCGCACUACAAACAGAUUUACCAACGUGUGACGAUGGCAGCACUCCACAGAUGUGUAAAGACCCGCAGACUGCAUUCUCCGACAGGUGCUUAAACCUGGGAUGCAACGAUAUGAGUUGCGCACAGCAAUCAUGUACCGUAACUGGACGAUAUAGUCUUUGUCCAGCUUGGAAUUAGGUGUGAUUUAGUAUUCGCCGAAAAUGAUGUUUGAAAUAAAGGUUAUGCAUUUUCAUUUGGCAUACGAUAUUUCUGUUGCAUUUGAAAGAUUCUAAUAAAUUUGCAUCAUUUGGGUAGAUAAUCCUUUAUAA